ACAAAAUUACUCUAUUUCAUGGAUUACAUUUUGCAUCCAUAAAUUCGCAGACAGCGUAUUUCUGAAACCCCCAUUUUUUAUUGAUUUAAUUAAUAAUGGUUUAUACUCUGCCCGGUGCUCACUUCGCCACCAUUCCAUGGAGCUCUCGCGCUGAUCACAGGAAUAAUUCCUCUUUCUCUUUCUUCUUCCCGCCACAGUUCCGUUUUUCAAGGAAGAUUUUUGCUGGAAAGUCUCCAUAUGAUUCGGAGAUCCCAUCUUUUGCAUCAAAAAAGGAACUUACGACUACAAAGGAGAAAUGUUACAACUUCACACUGUUGCCUGGUACUAGUAAAAUCUGGAGCUCUCCUGGAGAAAUUUUGUGGUUGAAUAAUCCAAGGAAGAAAAGUGCUACAUCAUUAGAUUACGGAGUUCAAAAUGCGCCGUCACUUAGUUAUCUGAAGGUUUUGCUGUUGUGUGGAUUUUUCACUCUUCAAACUACUCAACAAGCAUUUGCCGGUUCAGAUGUUGCUACAAGCCUGCAAUCCUUUCCGUUUUUAGGGGAGUUCGACGAUAUUAGCACAGGUUUUGCUUCAGCAUUCUUGCUGAUAUUUUUUUCCGAACUUGGAGAUAAAACCUUUUUCAUUGCGGCACUUCUAGCAGCUAGGAACUCUGCUGCUGUCACUUUCAUAGGGACUUUUGGUGCACUAUCGGUAAUGACAGUUAUAUCGGUUGUUCUUGGACGAACUUUUCACUAUGUUGAUGGCAUCUUCCCGUUGAGGUUUGGAAAUGCUGAUUUGCCGAUCGAUGAUCUUGCUGCAGUUUGCCUCUUGGUAUAUUUUGGUGUUUCAUCAUUGAUUGAAGCCUCAUCCGGUGAUGGUCUAAAAGCAGAAGAAGAACAAAAGGAGGCUGAGCUGGCAGUAUCGGAAGUAUCAGGAUCUGGAGCGGGUACUCUAUCUGCUGCUGCCAACACUGUCAUUAGCACUUUCCUUUUAGUUUUUGUUGCUGAAUGGGGCGACAAAUCCUUUUUCUCCACAAUCGCUUUAGCUGCGGCAUCAUCACCUCUUGGAGUAAUUGCAGGUGCACUUGCUGGUCAUGGAGUCGCAACAUUGUUAGCGGUUCUGGGGGGAUCUUUCCUGGGAACAUACCUCUCUGAGAAGACAAUUGCAUACAUUGGAGGUACACUCUUCCUUGUAUUUGCUGCGGUUACGUUACUUGAGAUAGGGAGGUAGAGGAAGGAACAUACAGCAAAAUUGUAUAUCAAUUUCUUUUAACUGCAAUACCAAAAUUCAUUCUCCAUUUCUUUGUUUUUCGUCUUUUCGGUUAGAUCAUUAUUUUACUGAGAUGAAGACAAUUUCAAUGUAUAUUCUUUUAUCAGACAUGUAUGUAAUAAACACUUCAUGUAGUAAAUGUGAAGCACGUUGUUUAUGUCGGGAUACA